AUGACAAUGACGAGGCAGGUGUUGAUUUGCGUGCUGGGCCUGAUGGUAGCACUGGCCCAGGGCCUGGAGCCCAAGCAAGAAAAGGUGCAGGUGGACAAGUACUCUGGCGGCAAACCGCAGCCUGCCUACAGUCCGCAGCAACUGACGGCAGCCUACAGGUACAGAACUACUGAGGGUGUUGCUGCAGGUGGUGGUGGUGGUGCUGCUGCUGCAGCAGCGGCAGCCCAGCCCAAGUAUGCCCAGCAACAACAGCAGCACAACCACCCUGACAACUACUACAAUUCAUACCUGCAGCACCCAACUGGGUAUGACGAAAACACGGCCUGGAACCAAGAGGCACAGUCUGCGGGUCCUCAGGCCAUCAUCGCUGCCCAUCAGGACUGGUACCGCCCAGGCAUUGGAGCCGAAGCCAUGCACGGCGGCGGUGGCGCCGUUAAUGGCGGCAAGAACGGCGGUGGCAACCGCCGUGACCGCCGUCAGGACAAGAAGCAACAGAACCGCCGGCAACAGAACCAGCAGGCGCCCCUUCGUAACGCCGUCCAGCCGCAACAGUUCCAGGGCGACUUCAACUACGAGGACUACUACUAGGAAGACUCCAGUCUCAACAUCCGCGAGUACGUCCCACAGCCCCUGCAUCAGUAGUUGCAGCAGCAGCAGCACUACUCCCUGAUGAUGAUGAUGAUGAUGAUGAUGAUGAUCAGUGA